AGCCUCAUCCAUUCUUGCUUUCCACGGGUUUUAAUCCCGUUCAUCGCAGCCAUGGACUAUGACCAGGAUUACGAUUAUGACUACGACGACGAAGGCAUGAGCUUCACAUUCCCUCUUCUCAUCUCCUUUGCUCUCGGCAUAUGGCUCGUCUAUACCCGAUACCACUCUGUGCGCAACAGAGCAAUACCCUUCAAAAUCCGUGCCCCGGAGGCUAUCGGAAACGAUUUUGAAUCCACGAAGAUAGAAGAUCCUGGCUUGGACUCACACCUGCGAGAUCCCAAGUUGUUGCCUGAGAUACCUGCAGAAGGCCAUGGAUAUAUUACUAGUUUCGAUCCAGCUACAUCCUUGCAUCUUGGAACGUUUAUUGCGGAUGAUGGUGCAGACAUACAAUCCAAGAUUGAACAGGCUAGGAUAGCACAACUAUCAUGGCGACAAACGACUUUCUCGGAACGCAGGCGUGUUAUCAGGAGUCUCAACAAGUGGCUUGUAGAUAACCAGGAAACGUGUGCUAGGGUUGCGGCUCGGGAUACUGGAAAGACCCUAUUGGAUGCCGCGCUUGGCGAGAUUAUCGUUACCUGCUCAAAGGCAGAUUGGUUGAUCAAUCAUGGAGAGCGGUAUCUCAAGCCUGAAUCAAGAAGCAAUAACUUCCUGACUUUCUACAAGUCCGCUGAAGUUCACUUUGAACCGUUGGGUGUUGUCGCGGCUAUUGUCUCGUGGAACUAUCCACUUCAUAAUGCCUGGUCCCCAAUUAUGGCCUCAAUUUUCGCUGGUAAUGGAGUUGUUCUCAAGUGCUCCGAACAUGUCGUUUGGUCUACCCUAUGGUUUGUUGAAGCUAUCCGGACCUGUCUUGACGUUUGUGGAUACGACAAGGAACUUGUUCAGCUUGUCUGCUGCUAUCCGGAUAAUGCUGAAGCACUCACGACUUCUCCAACUAUUCGGCACAUUACCUUCAUUGGUUCAGAAGAUGUGGGGCGCAAGGUUGUUCAAGCUGCAACCACCCACCUUACUCCAGUAACUUUGGAGCUAGGCGGAAAGGAUCCGGCCAUUUUGCUGCCAUCUACAGAUAUCGAGAAGUAUUCUAGCAUCCUUAUGCGAGGUGUAUUCCAAAAUGCGGGUCAGAAUUGCAUAGGUAUCGAGCGCAUCAUUGUGCAUUCCUCUCAAUACGAGCAGGUCUUGCAAAUGUUCACUCAGCGUGCCGCUGAGAUCCGUCUCGGGUCGGCUCUUCUCAAGCCUACAGACGGAGUUAUACCCACAGUGGAUUGCGGUUCUAUGCUCUCCUCGAACAGGUUCCAACACAUUGUUAGGGUUCUGGAAACUGCUCAAAACCACGGUGCUAUAGUCGAACAGGGUGGUAGUCCGCACAAACACACUUUUUUGGAUGGUGCGUACUUCGAACCCACGGUUGUCGGGAACGUCGAUCCCCAGUCUGAAAUCGCUCAAUUCGAACUGUUCGCUCCUGUCGCACUCAUUCUGAAGUAUGAUACUAUCGAGGAGGCUAUUGACAUCGCGAAUGGAACGCGAUACGGCUUGGGCGCAAGCGUCUUUGGACCCGACCAGGAGCAGUGCGUCAAGAUAGCACAACAAUUGCAGUGUGGGAUGGUGUCCAUAAACGAUUUCGCUGUGUACUACUUAAAUCAAGAUCUUCCGUUCGGUGGCACCAAAAUGAGCGGUUACGGUAAUUGUCACUGACCGGUGGCCGUGGCUCAUUCAGACUACUAUCCCACGAGUCAUCGAUUACCCGGUGCCUUCAGUCACUCAGAGCUGGGAUUUCAUAAGCGGGCUCAUCGGGUUCGUAUACGGAGAUGGGUGGAGGAAGAGAAUACGGUACUUGAACCAGCUCAUUAAGUCGACCGGUCAGCAACAGCCGACUGCUCCGCGAGCUUUCUCGCGUCGGUGAGAGGGGAAGCUCUGACCAUAUGCUACAUCUAUGAAUAUUUACUACAAAGUUUUGCUUUAUGCGGUUGGGCCGGAUCCAUUUUUGCUUAGGUCUAUUCAUAUGUGAAGAUUUCACAUAGACCCAGAUGGUGGACGUACGUCCAACUGACGUCUGUUAAACUUUUUUUUAGCGGAUCUGAAUGCUUCCCGGUAGAGCGUUUUCACUGUGUAAGCUUUCAAUUAACCAACUGGGCACAGAUCGAAUUGGAAGGGCGCCUGGCCCCAACCCAACACGAACGUUCACCGUACAUCCAUCCAAUGAGCUGGUCAGCUUCCAAAACUCGUACCAACGUGAGGUGCCUGUCAGAAAAUCGUGCAGGCACGUUGAGCAUUUGGUAUCCUCGUGAACGUUCUCCGCAUCUGCUCAUGCGUCUCUUCUUGACACUCAUGGCCUCUGGCACACGGAGCCAAGAACUUGCGGUGGCGACUCGCUCUAAAGAUCUCCACAAGGCACAGCAGAGAUUAAAGAAAGCAAAAUGAUAUUG